AGCCAGAAAAAAUAGCUUUGGGCAGGUUGCUAAAAUGUGGCUAAAAUAGUUGUCAUUGUGAGACCAAAAAGCAAAAACUUAUACGUUUCAAUGAAAUGUGACCUUGCACUCACAUCAGUUGUUGAUUUACUUUGAAAUGUAGAUAAUCUGUUGAACAUCCCACCAUGGGUUAAAGUGGCGCUGUGAAUAAUGUCGGCCAAUGUCAAUUAAAAACGCCUCAAACUGGGCGAAAAGUAGCCUACCGGAGAUACACUGAGGUGCGUUGGCCUGGAGGCCUUUACUCUUAGGCUUUUUGUGUUAGUUUGGUUGCCCAGUUGCAUAUUUGUUGCUGAGUUUGUCUGUGUAAGCUCUUCAGUUUUAUUUGGGCUGGCUUUUAAUGUGGGCGGGUUUCACGCUAUGUUUGGGCUGGAAUGUGUCCGAUCUGGCAACUCGGGCUGGAGCGCAGGAGGACAGGUGGCGUAGGGAUUCAAAUGAGCAGCGUGAACGGCGAAACACUGCAGGAAAAUGGAAGACAUGCGGACUCAGUGUCAGGUGAGCAUUCAGCAAGUGCAGGCUCUGGAAGCCUGGCUGAAGACAACCAACAUUAAGCUGACCCAGGUCAAUGGCCAGAGGAAAUACGGAGGACCACCUGAAGUGUGGGAUGGUCCCACCCCAGGUGAACGCUGUGAGGUCUUCAUCGGCCACAUCCCACGGGACACCUAUGAGGAUGUGCUCAUCCCCCUGUUCAGCUCUGUGGGACCUCUCUGGGAGUUCCGCCUCAUGAUGAACUUCAGCGGCCAGAACCGGGGCUUUGCCUAUGCCAAAUAUGGCACACCGGCCCUUGCCUCUGAGGCCAUCAGCAAGCUGAAUGGGUACACGCUGGAACCCAAUUGGAACAUCUGUGUCCGCCAGAGCACAGAGAAGCGAUGCCUUUGUAUUCAAAAUUUGCCACCCACCAGUGACCAGGAAGUCCUGAUGCAGGUGCUGCGAAGGCUGGUGGACUGUGUGGAAAGGGUGUCUCUGAAGGCCGGGUCUAGAAUCAAGGGGGUGUCUGCCGUUGUUGCCUUCUCAUCCCAUUAUACUGCAUCCAUGGCCAAGAAGGAACUGGAGAGUGAAUUCAGAAAGCGAUUUUCACUGGAGGUGACCGUCAUUUGGGAUCCAGAAGAGAACCUGAAGCGAAAACUGACAUGGGUUUCUCGAAAAGCUCCAAGGAUUCUGCCGCAGCCGUGCUUUAUGCCCGAUCGCCAGCAUAUGACACAGCCUUCAGCCCUGAGGCAGCACCUGCCCGUCCCACCACGCGUAUCCCAGGGGUUUUGCAGAGCAGUUGGGGAACCACUCUUCCCCAGGCACCCACAGUCGCCUUUCCCCCUCUCUUCCUCCCCGAACUCCCAGCAACACAUGGUGUGUGCAGCGUCUACGGGGACCCUCUCUUCCCUAAGGUUCCACAACCUGUGGGAUCAGCACAACCUUCAGAUGGAGGGUCGUCCUGCCAGGAUCCAGCAUAAGCAGGCUCAGAUGGCUGCUGCCCAGCAGCUGCUGGAGAUCUUUUAAAACCAGCAGGCUGCCUAAAUAGUAAAGGUGGCGUUGUGUUUUGGUUAAAAAAAAAAAAGUUUCCAUUUGUU